CUUUUUAUUACAAACCCAACUUUUUUUUAGCUUUUUUUAAAACAUUUUUAAGCAUUACACAACAAGUUCAAGAGGAAGAAGAAGAAAUAUUGAAAAUUUAGUCACUUAGAUUCUGUAAAGCUCUUAGCUUUUUGUAAAAUCUUGUUGUUUUUGUUUUGAAUUGUAAAAAAAGAUCAGAUCUUGGUGUUGUUUUUGUCAUUUAUUUGGUAAAUUUUCAUGCUUUUCUAUGUGGGUUUGAUUUAGAACAAGAGAAUUCAAGAAUUGGUUGAGAAAGUUGAAGAUUGCUCUGAAUUUUGGUUUAACAUCAUAAGUUUGAAUUGGAGUUAGUUUUAUAAAGAGUGAAGUGAAAAUAUGGGAUACAUUUGUGAUUUCUGUGGUGAUCAGAGGUCUAUGGUCUAUUGCCGUUCCGAUGCAGCAUGUUUAUGUUUAUCAUGUGAUAGAAAUGUUCAUUCUGCUAAUGCUUUAUCGAAACGACAUUCGCGAACUUUGUUAUGUGAAAGAUGUAAUUCACAGCCAGCAUUCACUAGAUGUGCUGAAGAAAGAAUGUCUUUUUGUCAAAAUUGUGAUUGGUUGGUUCAUGGUAGUUCAAAUUCAGCUUCGACACAUAAAAGGCAAUCGAUAAAUUGCUACUCUGGCUGUCCAUCAGCUUCCGAGUUUUCUUCGUUGUGGUCAUUUGUUUUAGACAUCCCUUCUGCUGGUGGUGAAUCUGCUUGUGAGCAGGAAAUGGGUUUGAUGAGCAUUGCUGAGAAUAGUUCCACUACUGCUUGGGGUCCUUCAGACAAUACCGUUAACGAUGCCUGUGAAAUAGCUAAAUCAAGUGGUUAUGGUGGGACUUCUUCAGUUCCAGAAAUGGUCUCAGAGCCGAAUAAUCUAAAUCAGCAAACGGGAUCUGCAGAUGCUCAUUUGCCUAAGUUAUCAUGUCCUGGAACUAAAGGUCCUGCAUGUGAAGAUGACGAUAUUUAUGAGGACUUUAAUAUGGAUGAAAUGGAUUUGCAUUUUGAAAACUAUGAAGAACUCUUCGGGAUGGCCCUUAAUAAUUCGGAAGAGCUUUUGGAGAAUAAUGGCAUGGAGAGUUUAUUUGGGACAAAGGACAUGUCUGCUGCUGAUUCCAACUGUCAGGGUGCAGUUGCAGCUGAGGGAUCAGUUGGACUGGAAGCAUCUGCUGAUUCCACGAUGAGUGCUAAAACUGAACCCAUCCUUCGUUUUACGGCAGGGCCAGGCCGCUCAAAUCUCUCAUUUUCUGGCCUUGCUGGAGAUAGUAGUGCUGCCGAUUAUCAAGAUUGUGGGGCCUCUUCGAUGCUUUUCAUGGGAGAGCCUCCAUGGUGUCCCCCUUGCCCAGAGAGUUCAUUCCCAUCAUCAACUAACCGGAAUGAUGCUGUAAUGCGUUACAAGGAAAAAAAGAAAACGCGCAAGUUUGACAAGAAAGUGAGGUAUGCCUCUCGCAAAGCAAGGGCUGACGUAAGAAGACGUGUGAAAGGGAGGUUUGUGAAAGCUGGUGACGCAUAUGAUUAUGAUCCAGCGAGCCCAACAAGAAGCUAUUGAGAGUACAACUUUUAUACAUCCUUCUAGAAAGAACGAAAAAGAAAAAUGAAAGAAAAUGAGGUGUAGUUCUACUGCUUGUGCAAUGACCAGCUGUAUGAUUGUAUCACAGGCAUCUAUGUCAUCGUAACCAGGAAAAAAGGAGCUCGUUUCUGGUGCUUCAUCAAUAAAUUGUUGAUGCUCGAAGUAUCUGUUACUAUAGAGCACAAAUAUUUAUGACAUCAUCCAAAAAGUCCCUUAUAGAGCUCCUCGUUUCUAGAUUAUGAAAUUUCGAUUUCCUUUUUCCACUUCCCUGAACAACAACAGCUUCAGUUCGAUUCUUCUCUAGGCUGAAAAUAUCUCUGUGCUACCAUAAAAGUACUACAAACUCAUAAUAUGAGUCUCCAGCUUCUUGCUUUGGUCACUUUUGUAAAUGCAGCUACAACGAGCAUGGCGGGUGGCUGAACUCGGUCGCUUGAUCGACCAGAGCUGUUGCAGUUGUAAUUUUGUGUUCCGUUUUCAAUUCGGUUCCGUGUAUAGUACAUAAUCUAUAUUCUUAGUUGAGAGAGUAUUUCUGGCUUAAAGAGGUAUGAGGCUCAGACAAAUCAACUUGUAAUUUUCUUUUGUUUUCACAGAUAGCACAGGAUGAUUUAUGCUGGUAGUGAUAAAAUACAUGUAAUAUUCUGUCUAGGUUAUUUGUUUAUUCAUUUGUUGUCGUUAGCAUUUGAAUGUGCAGAAACUAAGUUGGAGACAGGAGAGUUUUAGAUAAUUACUACAGGUUUUAUGGAGGUUUGCGUUAUUGUA